AUUGAAAUCAAAUUCAGUUCAAUUUUGGAAAUUUAACCUACAAGAUGCCUACCACAGCAGAUAGUGUUUUCGUUGCUCGUUCUGCAGGUAUAUCCGCUGAAGGUGUUCCUGAUCAAUACGCUGACGGAAAAGCUGCAAAGGUUUGGGAAAUAUUUAUUGGAGACAAAAAUUCACGUACAGAAAAUUAUAAGAAUUUUCUGGUCGAUUUACUUCGAUCAAAGAAAUGUAAGAGAGUAUUAGACGUGGCAUGUGGAACAGGCGUUGAUUCUAUUAUGCUACUGGAGGAAGGCUAUGAUGUGGUCUCGGUGGAUGCCUCAGACAAAAUGCUGAAAUACGCUUUGAAGGAACGUUGGAACAGGCGAAAAGAACCAGCAUUCGAUCGGUGGAUUAUAGAAGAAGCUAACUGGUUGACGUUGUACGAGGAUAUACAACCAAUUGUUGGAGAUGGGUUUGACGCUGUUAUUUGCUUAGGAAAUUCAUUCGCCCAUCUAAUGGAUAAUAGCGGUGAUCAACGCGAACAUAAGCAGGCCAUUCAAAAUUUUCAAAAAUGUCUUAAGCCAGGUGGAAUUCUACUUAUAGAUCACCGAAAUUAUGACAAUAUUCUGGAGACGGGAGAGACUCCAUCAAAAAGCAUAUACUAUAAUACAAGACAUACAGCUGACAUUAAAACAUCAGUGCUUUUCUACUGCGGAAAACCUGCUAUGGUCACAAUGGACUACCAGAUUGUAGCAAACAAUCUAAGCAGCGACUUUCGCCUAUCUUACUACCCACAUUCUCUCAAGGAUUUUACUAAGAUGUUGAGAGAAAUUUUUGGAGAAAAAUCAAAGCACAAAUUAUAUGGCGACUUCAAAGAAAUAGAUGUUGAGAAGAGACAAGCAUUUUACAUACAUUUUAUUGAGAAACAGUAACUGACUGUAAAAUAAUGUAUUGAAAUAUAUAUUUUGAGUUUAAAUAAUACAUAAUUUUACUCUAAUAUGGAAAGGCUCUCCAACUAAUUUUCCUUCAAAAACGAGCUUUAUACAAACGUGUUGCCGCGACCGCAAACUGUAUGUACAAAAAUCUCAAGAAAUAAAAUAAAGCAAGCAAGCAAA